CCCGGGCGGGAACGGGAGAGGGAACGGGACCGGGAGCGGGACCCGGAACGGGACCGGGACCCGAGCGGCGCCUCCCUCUCCCCCCAGGGCCGCGGCCGGGGCGGCGCUGAGCGCGGGGGCCGGAGCCGGUACCGGGCGGCGGAGCUGGGACCGCCCGGGAAUGGCGGACAGGCCGGGACGGGCCAGGGCUGCCAGGGCCCGGAGCAGCUCGCCAGAUCCCGUCGGGGACGUGCUCGGGGAGCUCCUGGGAUCCGAUGGUGAGGGCAGGAGCUGCUCCCCCCAACCCGGAGCUGGAUCCCAUGGAUCACCAGAUCCCAUGGAUCACCAGGAUCCAGUUGAUCCCGUGGAUCACCAUGACCCAACGGAUCAGCUGGACGAGCUGGACGAGCUGGAUGCAGAAAUCCUGGGAAUGGCCAGAGCCGGGUCCAGGCCGGGGAACCGCGGCGGGAAGGGGCCGGGUCCCCAAAAAGCCCCGCCCCCCCGUCCCGAUGUCACCUUUGGGGACGACGUUGAUGACCUGAUGGACUCCCUGGGACUCGGCAGCGGCGCCGACGGAGCCGGGAGCGCGCCGGGAACGCCGGGGGGCCAGGGGCUCCGGAAGGGCCGCGCCGGGAUCCAGGAGAAGCCGGGAAAGGCGGAAUUCCAGCCGGACCCCAAGGAGCGGGAGCAGCCAGGGCCGGGCGGGGCCCAGGUGGAGCCGGGAUUUCCCUUCGGAUCCUACGAGCCCUCGGUGGCCUCGGGGACCGGGCGGAGACGGAGGUGUCCGGUUGGGAGCAGCUCCCGACGUCCCUCCGGGGCCGCCUGGCUGGGGCUGAAGGACGAGGAUUUCCUGGGACUGGGGGACGAGGAUUUCCCAGGACUGGGACAGAAGGACAAGGAUUUCCUGGGACUGGGACAGAAGGACAAGGAUUUCCUGGAUCUGGGAUCAAAGGACAAGGAUUUCCCGGGAUUGGGACAGAAGAACAAGGAUUUCCUGGAUCUGGGAUCAAAGGACAAGGAUUUCCCGGGACUGGGACAGAAGAACAAGGAUCCCACAGGAUUGGGAUCGAAGGACAAGGAUUUCCUGGGACUGGGAUCGAAGGAAAAGGAUUUCCCAGGGUUGGGACAGAAGGACAAGGAUCCCCUGGGAUUGAGACCAAAGGACAAGGAUUUCCUGGAGCUGGGAUCGAAGGACAAGGAUUUCCUAGGAUUGGGAUCAAAAGAAAAGGAUCCCCCGGGAUUGGGACAGAAGGCCGAGGGUCCCCCGGGAUCAGGACAGGACAAGGAUUUCCCAGGACUGGGACAGAAGGACAAGGAUUUCCUUGGAUUGGGAUGGAAGGACGAGGAUCCCCCGGGCCCCGGUGUCCCGGGAUCCCCGCUGCGGCACCGGCGCUGCCCUGGCGCUGCCCUGGCCCCGGAGCCGUCCCGGGCGGAGCCUCCGGAGCCAAAUUCCCACCCCUGGAGGGGCCCGGAGCCCCCCGAGCCCGGCAGGCUGGAGCUCCCCCUCGGGACACGGCCCCGCGGGCAGGGGGCAGCAGCUGUGCAGGAGGCGCCGGGUCCUGCCACGCCCACUCAGGAGGAUCCGGCGGCUCCUCCAGCCCCGUCCCGCCCGGAGAAUCCCCGAGCUCUCCCGUCCUGGCUCUGCCCGGAGCAUCCCGCAGCUUUCCCGGCCCGGAGGCGCCAGGAGGGUCCUGGAGCUCUCCCAUCCCAACAGCGCCAGGAGGGUCCAGGAGCUCUCCCAUCCCAACAGCGCCAGGAGGGUCCUGGAGCUCUCCCAUCCCAACAGCGCCAAGAGGAUCUGGGAUCUCUCCCAUCCCGGCCCCACCAGGAGGAUCUGGGAUCUCUCCCAUCCCGGCCCCACCAGGAUUCCCAAACUCUCCAAUCCCACCUGUGCCAGCAGCACCCCGGCUGUGGGAUCGCCCUGCGCAGCCUCCAGGCCCGGCUGGAGGAGCUGGAAAACCAGGUGCGGGCGCUGGAGCUGGAGCGGGCACGGCGGGGACCGGGGCUGCAGGAGCUCCCGGAGAGCUGCCACAGAUCCCUGGAUCACCCCAGAACCCAGGAUCACCCCGGAUCCCAGGAUCACCCCAGACCCCAGGACCACUGCAGAUCCCAGGAGCAGGACGAGCAGCUCACAGGAACACAGGGGUUUGCCCUGUGGGAUCUCCCUGAGGAUGGAGGGGGGUCCCACCUCCUGCACCCUGGCUGCCCCGUGCCCCUCGCAGCGCUCCAGGCCAGGCUGUGCCGGCAGCAGCGGGACGCGGAGCGGGAGCAGAGCCGGCUCCAGGAGGCCGUGGCUGACUUGGAGACCAGGCUGGGGGAGCGGGAGCAGCUCCUGGAGCAGGGCCGGCGGAGCCUGGAGCGGCAGCGGGAGCAGCUCCGGGAGCUGCAGGAGGAGCUGGGCCCCGGCCUGGGGACAGCGCUGGGGACAGGGACACUGCCAGGGACGGGGACACUGCUGGGGACAGCGCUGGGGACACCGCUGGCCGCUCCGGUGGCUCCCGGGCUGCUGCCGGCCCUGGGGACACUCGUGGGGGACAGCGGGGACAGCGCGGCCGCGCUCUACGGCCACGUGCUGCUGCUGAAACACCGCGCCAGGAUGGACCACGAUUUCCUGGAGAGCGAGCGGCUCUUCCUGGAGAACCUGAAAAAAGGGCCCUGAACCGUCUGCAAGGGGAAUGGAGCUUGGGGAAAUUAAAAUUAAAAUUAAAAUUAAAAUUAAAAAAAAUUCCCUGCUGAAAACCUCCCCUGUUUGCAAAGAGAAAGAUUCAUUUAUUUUUCAAAUAAAAACAAAUUCCCUGCUGAGAACUAUCACUUGUUUGCAAACAAAAAAGGGAUAAAAAUAAAAAUAAAUAAAAAUAAAAAUAAAUCCACAGCUGAGAACCUUCCCCCAUUUGCAAAGAGAAAAAUGGAU